AGUGAACAUGACUCCAGCAGUAUGGAAACAAAACCUGAGGGUGACAAAGGAAUCGUCGCAGGAUUUAUGAAUAUCGCUGAGCAAGGACGAACUUUUUUGUUAUCUGAAAAACGCGUGGAGGGAAACGCAAGCUGCAACCGCUCUAUUUGGUCGUCCAGUCGUGGAUGCUCGAAAAUCUGAUGGCGGUGAGUGCGGGCUGAGCCAGGUCGUUCUGGUUGGGCGCCCUUUCCCAACAACCAGCAUCAUUGGCGAAGUCUGGCUGAACGCAGCAUCCAUCGCCGGUCGACUCUCAGCUGAGCUGGCGAGGUGCCCGUUGUAAACGUCACAGAGCAACCGGUGGGCAAGCAUUGUUCCAACUUGGAAGGAUACUUCGAGCGACUUCUCCGCAGGCGUGAUGAGGACAUGUCAUGGCGUGUUGUGGCGGCUCGCGCUGUUGCAUGUCAUCUCUGCGCAAAAGCAAGCUCGACCACCUCACAUUGUCGUCAUCGUCGCUGAUGAUUUGGGCUGGAAUGACGUCUCAUGGAACAACCAGAAGAUGCACACGCCGAACCUGGAGAAGUUGGCUCGAGAAGGGGUUAUUCUGGACCAACACUACGUCCUUCCUACUUGUACCCCAACGAGGGCUGCACUGCUUACUGGCCGCUACCCGUACAAGCUCGGGAUUCAGGGACACGGCAUUCGCCCUCUUGAGCCGAACGGUUUGCCACUCGGAAUCACGACAUUGGCAGAGGAACUGAAACGUCGACAGUACAGCACCCACGCCUUUGGAAAGUGGCACUUGGGUUAUUGUGACUGGUCACUGACGCCAACUCGUCGUGGCUUCGACACUUUCCGAGGUUUCUACGUUGGUGCACAGGAUUAUUUCAACCACACGGUGUCAGGAGGCAAGACUAGCCCACAGGCUUAUGGAUACGACUACCGGGACUGCGACAACGUAGACUACUCGGCUAAGGGCAUCUACUCCACGACGCUGAUAGCAAACCACGUUCUCGAAACGAUCGAAGAGAACUUGAAACGAAACGGUUCCAUGUUUCUCUACGUGGCCUUCCAGGCUGUGCACGCUCCAUUGCAGGCGCCAAGUGAUUACCGGACAAUGUGCUCAAGCCACGCAAACAAGAAGCGAGUGAAGAUAUGUGAAAUGUUGGCGGUCAUGGACCAUGCCGUGGGACUCAUCGUUAAAAAGCUGAAGGAAGUGAAAAUGUGGAGGAACUCCCUUCUCGUCUUCACAUCUUCAAACGGCGGCCAAGUGCUCUACGGUGGUAACAACUGGCCUCUACGUGGUAACAAGAACACGCUCUACGAAGGAGGAACAAGAGUGCCGGCAUUCGUUGCGGGGCCUCUGCUCAAGAGAAGCGGCUAUAAAAGUUCAAGUAUUGUGCACGUCGUCGACUGGUUUCCGACGCUUCUCAGUGUGGCUGGUGCAUUGGGUAACAGUGCUUUGAAAGAAAUUGAUGGUAUUGACCAGUGGUCAGUCAUCAGGGACGGAGCAGAGGCGGGACCAAGAACAGAGUUUGUGUACAACUUGGACUGCAAGAAGGGAAAGCUUGUCGGAGCAAUAAGGUGA